AUGCGAUCUUUCAGGGAGCCUGACAUGAGUGGAAGAAUUGUCUACGUUGGGAACCUUCCCCUGGAUGUGAAGCACAGGGAGCUGGAGGACCUGUUCUACAAGUAUGGACGCAUCAGGAACGUUGACCUGAAGCUGCCCCCAAGGCCCCCUGGCUUUGCUUUUGUGGAAUUCGAUGAUCCUAGGGACGCCAUGGAUGCUGUGAGGGGAAGGGACGGAUAUGAAUUUCUUGGCAACAGGAUCAGGGUUGAGGUGUCCCACGGUGGUGGCCGUGGCUAUUAUCGGAGCAGAGGUUCGGCAACCUAUGGCAUGUCCCGCAGAACUGAGUUUAGGGUCAUAGUGACAGGGCUGCCGAACUCAUGCUCUUGGCAAGACCUUAAGGAUCACAUGAGGAAGGCAGGAGAUGUCACAUUUGCACAGGUGCUGAGGGACAGGGAUGGAAUGAUGGGUCUUGUGGACUAUGCAUCACUCGAUGACAUGAAACAUGCCAUUCGCAAGCUGGACGACUCUGAAUUCCGCAACCCUUUUGACAAGGGGUACAUUCGUGUACGGGAGGACCGGGGGGGCCGACGCUCGCCUCCGCGAUCACCAGUCUCUGGUGGCAGUCGAAGCUGGUCCAGGAGCCGCAGUCGGUCCAGAUCCCGCAGCCGUACUCGCAGCAGGAGCAGGGGUAGGGACGUGUCCAUGAGCUCACAUGGCCGCAGCAAGUCGAGGUCGCGCUCUGUCUCCAGGGGCAGGUCGCCCUCCAAGGACAAGGACGCCCGUAGCCCGUCGCGGUCGGAUGGCCACGCCAACGGCAGGCACCGCUCACCAAGCAGGAGCCCCUCACGUUCGCCCGUACGAUCUGCAAGCCCAGAUCCCAACUCUUGA